AUGAACCCGCCCAUCCUCUGCGGCUUCGGGGCGGGGUGGGCGGCGGAGUGUCGGGGAGCAAGAGUGGGGGAGGGUGAGCCAGGGAAGGGGCGGGGCGCGGCGGAAGGGGCAGAGUGCCAGGGAGAGGGGCGGAGCCUAGAAAUGAAGGGUGCUGCGGGCCAACCGGGAGAGCCGCCUGAAGGGAGGGCGGGGCCACGCCGGGUGAUUGACGCCGAGACCCGACCGGGGAGAGGCGGGGCCAAGGCGCUGGGCUCGGAGUCGGCGGGCACUCGGAGCCCUCGGGCCGACGGCUUCGAAGCCCUCGGGGAGCGGCCCGGGGCGGGGGCCCAGGCAGGAAGUGCCUCUUCCCCUCGCCACUCGCCCGGGGUCCCGGCGGGGCCACCAAGGCCCCUCAGGACCGUAGGGCCGCGGGCCGGGCCGUCGCUCUUUGUGAGGCUGCGGCGCGGCGGCUGCCAUCGGCCCGCCCCCGCCGCGCAGCCGAGCGCCGAGAGCCCGCAACAGCCGCGACCCCUUAGCGACCCGCGACCCCCACCCGCCUCCUCGCCACCCUCGGGGAUCGACUCCGCGGCCGCCGGUCCGCGGACAGCUCGCCCGGUGACACCCCCACUUCCUAGGCCGCCCCGCCCCCACGGCUGCCGUCCCCGCCGCAGCGUCGGGGGCGCGCCCGGGCUCCGCUCCGGGUCGGCCCGCGGGCCCGCGCUCCAGGGCCGCGCUCGCACCCAGCCGGCUGCGGAGGCCGGACUCGCGCCCCGGUGCUUCGGCUUUGGGCCAUGCCCGCUUAGGUGCCAGCCCCCCCGGCAUACUGCCCUCCGAUCCCUUCGGACUCUGGGCGUGGGGACAUUGCUGGGGAGCCCGCGGGUGCUGGGCGCCCCGCAGCCCGCGCCCGCCCAGCUGUUCCGCCUGUGUUUGUUGUGCCGAGGAGGCCCCGCCGCCGCCGCGCUCUCCGCCUUGCGCCAGGCGAUUGGCUGGCGGGCGUCACGUGGGCGCGAUCAGCUGGGCCGGCUGCGGGCGGUCGGCCUGGCAGGGACCCCAGAGCUGGCUGGUGAGCCCACCUGGCGGCUCCUCCCCGCGGGCGGAGGUAGGCAUACUCAUGCUCACCCUCUUAUUCCACGCUGCUGUACAGGUUUUUAGAACUUUAGCUCUCAAAAUGGGCAGAAUCUUCCUUGACCAUAUCGGUGGUACCCGUCUGUUUUCUUGUGCAAACUGUGACACAAUCCUGACCAACCGCUCAGAACUCAUCUCUACUAGGUUCACAGGCGCCACUGGUAGAGCA